GUCGCUGUUUGUCGGUCCCUGUCUCGGCCUCUCCAUUUCUGUGUGUCUCUCCUCUAUCCUGCAUGUCUCUGUCUCUCUGUCUUUGCGAUCCUCGGCCUGUCUCUGUCUCACCUAGUCCCUAGGUCUCUAUCUCUCCAAAUUUGUCUCUGCGUCCCCGUCUCUGUCGGCCUCUCCCUGCAUCUCUCUCCCCUCCUCUUUGAAUUUCUCCUGUCCCGGUGCGUCUUCAGUUCUCUCCCUCUGGCCUGCAGCCCCGCCACCCUGCUGUGUCCCGGCGUCCCUCCCAGGUCUGCGUCCCCCGCCGGCCCCGCGGGGACGCCCUGCCCUCCCAAUUUCCACCUCCGCCUACGGCUUUGGUGUCGGCGGGCCGCGGGCGCCCCCGUGUGGCCAUCGGGGGCUGUCACGAGAGGCCCGAGGGUUGGGUAUGGGCGCCCCCAGGGGUGUGACCAGUGCAAGACAGAGACCCUGUGGGUGCCCCUGGUGACCCCGGGGAACGGCGUGCGACGCCAAGAGACUGUGUGAGCGUGUACUACCGCGAGCUUGUGACGUUGUGUGUGUGGCUGUGUGACCUGGUGACAUUUUGUGACAACCAGAAAUGGUGUGUCUGUGACACCGUGUGUUACGCAGAGAGGCUGUGUGCGACUGAGUGUGUGACAUGAGGUCGUGACACGCAGGUGGCUGUGGGGGACGCCGUGAGGCUGGAUGUGCCUGCGACACCAUUUGGGGGACUGUGACAUCAGGAGGCCGGAUGUGACAGCGAGAGGUUGUAGGGCACAGUGUGCAACAUGGGGAGGACACGAGGGCUAUGGGGGUCACAGGGUGACAGGGCGAAUGAGUGUGACACACCCAGAGGUGGCGUGAGAAGGCAGCGUGACGGGCCCCGGGCAAUGGGUGUGACAGAGGGACCACGUGAGUGUGACCGUGUGUGUCCGCCACGCUGGUCAACUGUGAGAAACUGACGAUGUGCGACACACGGCAGGUGGGACAGCGAGAGAGGCAGCGCGCCACUGUGCGGGGCACUCGGAGAUGACAAUACGAGAGAGACCUUGUGCGUGUGUGUCCCUAACAUACUGGGUGACGGUGAAAGCGCGGGUGAAGUUGCCACCGGCUGUGAACACGACAGAGAGAAGUUCCAACCGCGUGUCAAGCCAUGUCCAACAACAUGGCCAAGAUCGCGGAGGCCCGCAAGACGGUGGAACAGCUGAAGCUGGAGGUGAACAUCGACCGCAUGAAGGUGUCGCAGGCGGCGGCCGAGCUCCUGGCCUUCUGCGAGACGCACGCCAAAGACGACCCGCUGGUGACGCCGGUCCCCGCCGCAGAGAACCCCUUCCGCGACAAGCGCCUCUUUUGCGUCCUGCUCUGAGUCUUCGCGACAGCUUACCCCCUCCCUCGCCAAAGAGUGAAUCCAAUAAACGUGGCGGCUGUGGUGGUA